AUGGUCAAACUUCUUCAGCUUGUCCCAUUGUUUCUUUCUGCCAUUCCUGUUACGAUUUUAGCGCGUCCUUAUGAAAAAGUUUUUCAUAUUGCCACGUUAAAUAAUCAUCAUAAAAAUAAAGAUGGUGUAUCAACUAUAUUUGAUGAAAUGAACACGGACGCUAGAAUAACGGGGGUAGAUGAAGAUGAAUUACGUUUAAUUCAAUUGGAUGAAGAUGAACCACCUAAAUGGAUGACUGUUGGUGAGCGUAUGGAUUUAUAUAGGAAAAAAACCAAGUUCAUGGAUAUCACGGAUUAUCCGGACUUGGGUGAUUCUUAUAAAGCUGCUGAAAGAACUAGACGACAAUUCCCUAUCCAACCGCAAUUCCAACAAGAAGUUGAAUCCUUCAUUAAUCAAUUGACUACAAAACAUAUGGAAGCGAAUUUGAGAAAAUUCACCUCAUUUCGCACCCGUUAUUAUCGUUCAAACACUGGCAAAGAAUCAUCCAACUGGCUUUAUAAGCAAAUACUCAGAAUAGUUGAAGAUGCAGAAGAUGAUGUUGACGUUUCCGUGAGAAAAUUCAAGCACCCUUGGACGCAAAGCUCGAUAAUUGCUCGUUUUGAAGGUUCCGAUCCGCAGAAAGAAAAUGAAGUUGUCAUUGUAUCUGCACAUCAAGAUUCAGUAAACAUGUGGAUUCCAUCAUUUGGACGUUCUCCCGGAGCUGAUGACGAUGGUAGCGGUACUGUCACUAUCUUGGAAGCAUUCAGAGUUUUGGUUGAAAACGGUUUUAAACCCGUACGACCGGUUGAGUUCCAUUGGUACUCGGCUGAAGAAGCUGGUUUACUCGGAUCACAAGCCAUCGCUCAAGAUUAUGCAAAAGAAAAAAAAGAUGUUGUUGCCAUGUUACAGAAUGACAUGACUGGCUAUGUUGGCAAUAAACCUGAAACUUUCGGCGUCAUUGUGGAUUAUGUUGACUCUGACUUGACUAUCUUUGUAAAGUCUCUUAUCGAGGAGUACGCCGCAAUCCCAUACGUUGAUACCAAAUGCGGGUAUGCAUGCUCGGAUCAUGCAUCAUGGAGAAAGGCGGGUUAUCCAUCAGCCUUUACUAUCGAAACCGAUUUUAAAGAUAGUAAUCCAUACAUUCACACAUCCAACGACGUCAUCGAAAAUCUUGAUUUCAAUCAUAUGCUCGAAUUCGCCAAAUUGUCUGUAAGUUUCGCCGUAGAAUUGAGCUAUUCGAAUUAG